CCUAGCCCUGUCUUUUUUCCUUCUUUAUCCAUUUCCACUGAGAAAAUUUAUAUACACCAUUUUCCAUUUUUUUUCAACUCACUCUGUGAUUGUGAUCUUUGUGAACAAUCAUAACAUCACUCUGCAAAACACUGAUAAUAGGAUUGUGCUGAAGUUAUUGCAUUUGUGUGACAGUUUCUAAUGGCAUUGGUAUCUAAAAGAAGUUCGGCUCUGAAUCCAAAUGCUCCUCUCUUCAUACCCGCUGCAUUUCGUCAAGUGGAGGAUUUUUCACCUCAAUGGUGGGAGCUUGUGAAAUCUUCAACAUGGUUUCAUGACUAUUGGGUGAGCCAGAACGAAGAGGAAGAUUUUGAAGUAAGUGAUGCUAAUGAUACUACAAAUGAUGAUAUAGAAAAUCUUCUGGCUGAAACUUUUGAUCUUGGCAUCGAAGAAGAGUUCAAUUUUCUAGAGAAUGAGUUUGAGAAAUUGGUUAUGUCUGACAAAGCUCAAGAGUGUCCGGUUAUCGAUGAACCUGUUGAGGAAAAGAAGCCUCUUCAUGGUGUUAACAAGGAUGCGUCGGCUCUUCUGAAGAUCUUGUCCCCAAAUGAAAGGGGUCCCAAGUCACCUGUUGGAUCCGCAAAGCACUUUGAGAAGCCAGCACAAUAUGUUAACCUCAAGUGUGCACCUCAACGAAUCCACCAACCUCGUUAGAAGAAAUUCAAACUUCAAAGCUCAUAGCGAUGAUAACUUGCUUGAACUGCAAGUUUCUUCUCACUUCAGUAUGCAAUCUCUGUUGAAAUAACUUGUGUACAUAGGUGUAGUAGUAGUAGUAGUGUCUAUGUAUUUUUCUUGUUGAUUGUCUAUUUGUCUUGUAUAUUUAAUGGUAGGUGAGACUUUAAAUUAUGAAGGGCCUAAAUCUUGUAAUUUCUAUAAGAUUGAUCAUCUUUAUUUCAUCUCAUUAUGAAAUAAAUGGUUAGUGUUUUCAUUUGCAAAAGAAAGUUUUAGGUAUCUCAUGUUCUAUUGGUUUGAGCUUUUCAUGUCCUGUACUUUUACAUUUGGAAAGAAAAUGAGCAAGUAGCAUUCACAAUGUUAUUUCUACAA